GUGGCGGGGGCGGCGGAAGGUGAGCUUGGGAAGGUGGCCGAGCGCCCCUUCUGCCGGAGCCCUUCCCUGUGCUCCCUUAGGUUGUCAGCCCCAGCCCUGUUUUCCCCACUCCACCCCCCUUUUCGAAGGGAUUGCCUUUUUUUUUUCCUUUGCGGCGGCGGAAAUGACAGUGUGGUGCCGCCGUGGUGUCAUGGUGCUGCCCCUGGACUGAGGGGAGAAAACUCCUUAAGUUUAGCUCGGGAGACACAGCAGCUGUAGCAUCGCGGCCGCCGUGCUGUCCCCUGCGGGGAGCGCGGGCUGGCGGAUUCCGGCUGCUGCGCGGCGGCGGUAGAGGCAGCGGCGGCGAAGGCGGGCGGCGGCCUAGAGUGGCGGCGGCGGCGGCGGCGACCGCGGCCCAGGAACUCGCGCCGGAGCCCCAGCCAGCUCGCCGCGGAGACAGGCGAGCGCCCAGCGCCCCGGGGCGCGCGGAGGAGAUGGCUGGCACCUGGGAACGCUAUGGGGGAGCGAUCCUCCAGUCUCCGUUUGGGUGGUUCCUUAUUUCUGGCCUAGCUGUGAAACCAGCUCGGUGGUUGUGAGGGAAAACUUAACGUGUAUCCACCGAACAGACUGCGACUGACCCGGGGUGAAAGCCCAGCCUCUGUGGUUCUUAAUGCCUCAGCAGGAUUAUUUUCACUAAAGAUGGAAACACUGGAGUCUGAAUUGACCUGUCCAAUCUGCCUAGAGUUGUUUGAAGACCCCCUUCUGCUCCCUUGUGCUCAUAGCCUCUGCUUCAGCUGUGCCCAUCGUAUCUUAGUCUCAAGCUGCAGCUCUGGUGAAUCCAUUGAACCCAUUACUGCUUUCCAGUGUCCUACAUGCAGGUAUGUUAUCUCGCUUAACCACCGGGGCCUCGAUGGUCUCAAGAGGAAUGUGACCCUGCAGAACAUUAUUGAUCGCUUUCAGAAGGCUUCAGUCAGUGGGCCUAAUUCUCCAAGUGAGAGCCGCCGGGAGAGGACUUAUAGGCCUAGCACCACCAUGUCUAGUGAGCGAAUUGCUUGCCAAUUCUGUGAGCAGGACCCGCCAAGGGAUGCAGUAAAAACGUGCAUCACCUGUGAGGUCUCUUACUGUGACCGCUGCUUGCGGGCCACACACCCCAACAAGAAACCUUUCACCAGCCACCGUCUGGUGGAACCAGUGCCAGACACACAUCUUCGAGGGAUCACCUGCCUGGACCAUGAGAAUGAGAAGGUGAACAUGUACUGUGUAUCUGACGACCAACUGAUCUGUGCCUUAUGCAAACUGGUGGGUCGUCACCGAGACCAUCAUGUCGCAUCCCUGAAUGAUCGAUUUGAGAAACUCAAGCAAACCCUGGAGAUGAACCUCACCAACCUGGUUAAGCGCAACAGCGAACUAGAAAAUCAAAUGGCCAAACUAAUACAGAUCUGCCAGCAGGUUGAGGUGAAUACUGCUAUGCAUGAGGCAAAACUUAUGGAAGAAUGUGACGAGUUGGUAGAGAUCAUCCAGCAGAGGAAGCAAAUGAUUGCUGUCAAAAUCAAAGAGACAAAGGUUAUGAAACUGAGAAAGUUGGCGCAGCAGGUUGCUAAUUGCCGCCAGUGUCUUGAACGGUCAACAGUCCUCAUCAACCAAGCUGAGCAUAUCCUGAAAGAAAAUGACCAGGCACGGUUUCUACAGUCUGCAAAAAAUAUUGCUGAGAGGGUCGCUAUGGCAACUGCAUCUUCUCAAGUUCUGAUUCCAGACAUCAAUUUUAAUGAUGCCUUUGAAAACUUUGCUUUAGAUUUUUCCAGAGAAAAGAAACUGCUGGAGGGGCUAGAUUAUUUAACAGCCCCAAACCCACCAUCUAUCCGAGAGGAACUCUGUACUGCCUCCCAUGACACCAUUACUGUCCACUGGAUCUCUGAUGAUGAGUUCAGCAUCAGCUCCUAUGAGCUUCAGUACACCAUAUUCACUGGCCAGGCUAACUUCAUCAGUAAGUCAUGGUGUAGUUGGGGCCUGUGGCCAGAGAUAAGGAAAUGUAAGGAAGCAGUAAGCUGCUCAAGAUUGGCCGGGGCGCCACGAGGCCUGUAUAAUUCAGUGGAUAGCUGGAUGAUUGUGCCCAACAUUAAACAGAACCACUACACGGUGCACGGACUCCAGAGCGGGACACGCUACAUCUUCAUUGUUAAAGCCAUAAACCAAGCAGGGAGCCGGAACAGUGAACCUACCAGACUUAAAACAAACAGCCAGCCCUUUAAAUUGGAUCCCAAGAUGACUCAUAGGAAGUUGAAGAUCUCCAAUGAUGGAUUGCAGAUGGAGAAGGAUGAAAGCUCUCUGAAAAAGAGCCAUACCCCAGAGAGGUUCAGUGGCACAGGGUGCUAUGGGGCAGCAGGAAAUAUAUUCAUCGACAGUGGCUGCCACUACUGGGAAGUGGUCAUGGGUUCCUCAACAUGGUAUGCAAUUGGUAUUGCCUACAAAUCUGCUCCAAAGAAUGAAUGGAUUGGCAAGAAUGCCUCCUCAUGGGUCUUCUCUCGCUGCAAUAGUAACUUUGUGGUUAGACAUAACAACAAGGAAAUGCUGGUGGAUGUGCCUCCACAGUUGAAGCGGCUGGGUGUCCUCCUGGAUUAUGACAAUAACAUGCUAUCUUUCUAUGACCCAGCUAACUCUCUCCAUCUUCAUACUUUUGAUGUGACCUUCAUUCUUCCAGUUUGUCCAACAUUCACAAUUUGGAACAAAUCCCUUAUGAUCCUGUCUGGCUUGCCCGCCCCAGAUUUUAUUGAUUACCCUGAGCGGCAGGAAUGCAACUGCAGGCCUCAAGAAUCCCCCUAUGUUUCUGGGAUGAAAGCUUGUCAUUAAGUUUCAAGAGAGUAUAUAAUUCAGCAGCUCUCCAGUUUAGCAGUUCCUCCCCUCCUAAACCUAAGGUAGUGUUCAAUAUAUGAGAUAUAAAAUAAAGUUCAUUUGAAGCAUCCAAAAAUAACUAGAUAUUGUAGAUUUAAUUUUGUGCAUUAAAGCUUGUAUUUGGAUUAAUGUAUUGAGUUCUCAGAACAAAUUAUAUGAGUAGUCUGGGUUCAAGCCAUUGGAGAAAAAUUUAGAGAAUGCCUCUGUUGUCACUGGAGAAUUAACAAUUCCUAAUGAUUUAGGAGUAUACAUGAUACUGGAAACAAUUAGUGUAAUUCUAGGUAAAUAAUGUAGAAAAAUGCUCUGGACAAGGAGCUAGCCAGCCAGUAAGGGGGCAGUAGUCAGCCUUUCUAGUACUGGCCAGUUUGGCCAAAUAGAAUUUUGAACAUUGUCAAAUUAUCACACAUUGUGUGUCACUUUAGAUUAAAAACCUACAAUAAAAGGUUUAUUGUAAAUAAACCAUGAAUAUGUAUAUAUAAUAUGUAAAGUGAGUUAUACAUUCAUGUGAUUGUAUAACUCACUUUAUAUAUUGUAGAUACACAGUAAACUUUUUAAUUUGCUAAUUUUGAGUGAAAAAUAUACUAGAAGGGAAAAUAAGUUACACCAUCUAUUUUCAUCCCCUAAAGAAAACAUCAAAAUCAAUCAACAUUUCUCUCCUCCCUCCUUCCAUUCUUCCUUUCCUCCCUCCCGCCGCAUGUAUAUACAUGCAGUCAUGACAUAAAGAGUGGGAAGAGUUCUAGGUUGGGUGAGGAGGAAUUGGGGGCAAGAUUGCACAAGGGAGGCAAUUUCUGAAUAGAAAAUUGACCCAGGUAGAAGUGUCCUAUGGAGCACCAUUUCAUUGAUGCUUCCUAAUAGAGGAGGUCCAUCUGAAUUGUUAAAAAUUCUGUCACAGAAUAUUUCAAAGAAAUACAGUUUUAUUACUGUCAAGUACAUACAUUUAUUAGAAUUAAGCUUAAAAAGUUGCAUAAUGGAAGUUCUUUAAGAAUUUGUUUUACUUAAUCAGUAAGAAUGGAGUGUUAUAAAUGGAACAACUAUUUGCAUACAAAUGUACUUGUAUUGUAAGAUGAAACACUUCUGAAGUGCUUAAGAAUGAAUGCCUGAGAACAGUUUGCUUUCUUAAAUAGGUUAAAUAAUCAUUCCUCUUGCAAUCUUGUUUACACUACUCAUUUGCUUAAUCAACUCUUUCUGGCAAAUGCAGACAUAAAACUCACCCCAGUCCUCAUCACUGUAUCUGAAGGGAAUGAAGCUUUAUGGCUUGUGAUUUUGUUAGUUCUCUGGGGAUAUCAGAGAACCAGAGCUUUUCUCCUUUCCAGGAGCUAAGUCUGCUUCAAGGAGUCUACUCCAUGAGAGUUGUGAAAAUAUUACAAUUACACAAUCACAGAGUGGUAGCUGUAACAGUGCCCACAGAUUGGACCCUGGAAGCAAUGUCAAAAUUCCUUCUCUCUUCCUUUCCACCUGCCUGGUGGAUGCUCAUUUAUCGAUUCAUUCAAUAAAUGAUUAGAUGCCAGGUACCACACAGCUGCUGUGGGUGUGCCCUUGUUAAUAAAGCACAGUUCCUGCUGCAAUUGUCUCCCUAUUGUGUAGAAGAGCCAAAAUAUCUAAAUUAAUCUGUCCAAUAACAGUUACUGUUUGUUCACCUAUCAUGGACAGAAGGACUGAUUGCAGAUACAAAAGGAAGGCUCAAACUUACAUAUCUAGUGCCAAAAUUCAGCUUUUAUGGUUUUAAAGACCAUAUGUAUGUACUGCCAACCAGAACAUAAGGAACCUCAGAUUCCUCAGUGCUAUAAUGGAAAGCUCAUAACCUUUGGAUUAAAAUCAUCCUAGUUUAUCUGCCAUUUAUUAGUACUUUGGCUUAGGGCAAGGCCUUCAUUCUCUGAGCCUGUUUCCUUUUCUGUAAAAUGUCUACUUCACAAGUCUGUUUCAAAGAUGUAAAAAAAUAGCAUGUGUAAACUAUCUAGCAUAGUUUCUGGCAUUUACUAAGUGUGUCAUAAAUAUUAAUCUCCUCCCCUAUCCCCCAGCACCAAUACUGUGUAGCAGUUCUUUAAAAUGUGUGCCCUUCAUUUCAGUUACUCUGGUCUCUCCCCUAUGGCCUAUCCUCAAAUUCUUAAACAAAACAAAUGAUUUUUUCCCCCUUCUUACAGCCUUUCACUGACUCCUUAGCACUUGCUAGAAGGUCCCCCUCCUUAGAGUUUGGCUUUUCCUGUCCUUGUUUUAUUUUCACAGCUUCAUCUUUUGCCACUUUCCCCUAAUAGACUGGUUACCGUAGCCAAGUUUAUUUAGAAAAGUUGUUCUCUGUGCCUGAAACCAAGACAUUAACAAUUUUAAUACCCAGAGUAAACAAGUGACUUUUCCUUAAAUUGAGGGAAUAGUGUGAAAAUGCUGUAAGUAGGGAACACUCCACCUCCACCCCAGUUAAGUUUCUUUUACCAUGACCUUGGCUCUCCAAAGCCAAUUUAUUUGUGUGUCAUUUAGAUUUUAGUGUUCUGGGACAAAGCUCUAAUUUCCCCACCCUACUUUUGACUCUAGCCUGGACUACCUUUCCCUAUCCUUACUGCCUCUCAACCAGAAUAAUUUCUUGACCCCUUAGACUACGUUCCCCUCUUUGGAGCUCCUAUGACACCCUGAGCAUCCUCCUCUUUCAGCAAUAAUCACAUCAUGUAGCAGUGUUUUUCAAAAUGUGGUCCUCAGACCACCUAUGUUAGACUCACCUUUAAAACAAUUGAUUCUGGGAUCCAACUUCUGAUUAAUUAGAAUAUCUAGAAACAUAGGAACAAGCUUCUCAUGGUGCACACAAAAGUUUAAUGUAUGAUAAUCAUCUUCCCUACUAGACUGUGAAUAUCUUAAGGUUAAAGAUUGUCUUUUCUUAUUGUAUUUUGAAAACCUGGCACAAUGUCUACAACAGAGUAGCUGUCUGGCAAAUGUUUAUUGAAUGAAUGUAUGAACAAACAAAUGAAUUGUUAAUGUUUCCCUCUUGUACUCUGAUUUCCAUAGUGAUGUUUAUUAUUUCCUGGGCAGAAAAGCUUGGUUAUACUAUAUUUGGGCUGUACUGAUAUUGCUUUGCAAAAAUAUCAGGGCUCAUACAUAUGAAUGAGCAUUGUCUUCCUCAAAAACUUUGGCAGUUAUCUUGAGGGAUUGUUUUUGCAACAUGUGGCACCAUUCUUUUUAAUAUCAUUUCAGUCUUUUCAAACUUUGUUCCUUGAAGGUGGAUUUGAGUUUAGGCUAUAGCCAUAAAUUAUUCAGAGUAUGGCUACUGCAUAAAGUGAGGAAUUAACCUGGGUUUGAGGUAAGCCCUAAAGUUUGACUCUGAGCCAAAUAAUGAAAAGUGAUUUCCAAGAUAAUAACAUGGCAGCAAAGGACAUCCAUGGAGGUGUGGUGAGUCCCAGAUAUUUACUUCAGUUAACUUAAGACUUUCAUAGAACCCUGGCAAUGCCAGGGACUUUAAGAGAAGUCAUUGGCUACUUCAAGCUAAAACCAGUUGGACAAAGAGAAUAGGACCUAUAUUUAACAUCUUCAAGGAAGGUGACUCCAUAAGCUUUUGUUAUUGCUUUACUCAAUCUAUUUUCCACAGCCCUUUCUGCCAGAAAAUUAUUUUAUGUCUGCAAUUUAUGCUUGUUUCUACUUUUUUAUAUUGUCUUAUUGAAGAAAGCACAAUAAUCAAAAACAAAGUUAAAUCUCUUUCGAGAAUAUGAAAGAAAUUUUAAUGCUACAUUGAGGUUCUAGCUACUUGUAAGUUAAGAGUAACUGCAUCUGGAUGUGUUUUUAUUAUGUAAUUCCAUUGUGUAGCUUUGGAUGCAGUAAAAUUCAGAUUGCAGCAAAAUCACUUAUACCUUCUUCCUGGCAAAAACACACUAGGUGAAUUUUCUAAGCUUUAUGGGUUUACACAUUUAUAUAUGACUACCUGGAUGGAGCAAUCCAUGGAUGGACUUUUAAAUAAGCUCAAGUAUUUGAUAUCCUCUCUUCCAAAGAAUGGAGGAGAGGCAGGUAGAUAAUAACCACUCCUACAUUUAUUUCUAGCUCCUGAAGUCAAUUGCCAAUUGCAGCCUCGGAGCCAUUGGGCUGUAUUUGGCUGUGUAUUACAGGUUGGCCAGACUGAUUGCCAUCAUAUUAGGCAAAACUGCCUUUUAUGGUAUGGUCUGCCAGCUUCUGACAUAUGCUGUAUUGUUAUUGGCUAGAAUAUUUAUUAGACUAUUGUUGGACUAUUUUUUAUCAAAUGCUUUACCCCAGGCCUGUUCGUACUGGGAGCUCUGGACCAAUAGUGUCUCUCCUAGUGAUAGAAUUAUGAGCAUCUGUGCAUUACACAGCCUCAUCCCUCUUUAAAAUACCCCAGCCCAUCCAAAAUGCUAUAUUACAAAUUAAAUAAAUAUAUAUGUAUUCAUGA